UACAUCUUUAUUCAACAUUUAUAAUUUAGAAUACAAUACUUUAUAGGUUUAUUCAAUUAAUUUGUUUUCCUAGUGGAGAAUGAAGCCUAAUGAAGAAUGGAUUUAAUUAAUAAUUAAUGUUUCUAAUCACCUAUUGUAAUUUUAUAGCCUGGUCGUAAAUAUUCUCAGUACCUACUGUCAUUGGAUAUUGAACCUAUAAAGCGGUUAAUUAGUUAAUGAUCAUAAUUAAAUAAUUGUGACCCCUUUCAUAUAAUAACAACAUGUUCAGUGUUGAAUAAACUUAGUAUUCACUGUUAAGCCCUUGCAGUCACACUGGGAGAGCCGAGAGACAGGUAGUGAAAAUACAUGGAGAGCAGAAUGGUAUUCCCGACAACUUUACUGGUAUCCCGUACUGGUCUCGAAAUAAAUAUUAAUCAUAAGUAAUACAUUAAACAGUUUUUAUGUUCACAAUUACUAACAGGAACACUAUUUUCCCACGGGCGGCGAUUGAUAAAUAUGCAAUUUUGUCUUUUACGUGAUCUCCGUACAUUUUUUGCAGAUGAAUCAUUUUUAACUUCUUUUCACCUUUUGCAGUGUGUGACGUGACAAAGCUAUGACGAGCUUUUGAGGAAUUAAGGUGGGGUGGCUGGACCAGCGAACUCUCGGAAGCACAAAAGUUGGUGGUGCGCCGGCGCUGGCGCAGGCCGUGCAGGUUCAUUCACUCUCGAUGCGUUGCGUCGGCCGAGCGGUCGUGUGUCGUGCUCGUGCGUGACAUGCGCAGACGCACUGUGACACACAUGCGCGCGCUCCACUACGCAUCCGCCGAGGUGCGAUAACCGACCUCCUCCAUCGUGCCAAGUUUCGAUUUCAUCGAUGCUCUCGCCUCGUAGUCGCACGUGCAGUGCAGCACACGCCGCACAUCACGGACCCUCGCCGUGCGAGACGCCUCGAGUGAUGUAACACAUGCACUGCUCUUGAACAAUUACUGUCCGCAUAGACUCCGCAUUCGAAUAAAAUAUUUUGACGUUUUCGUGACAUGCCGCGUAGACGUACGACAGACGUGCGGAUAUAAAAUAAACAACGUGUGAAAGUUUAAUAAUUGAUUCGAAGAGUUUAGUGCUGCUAUAGAAAGUGAAGUUUAAUUUGUGCAAAAUGACGUCCCGAUCCAAGGAGAAGGUGGCGGCCGCAUUCCGAAAGCUGUUUCGGUCCCCGGAGAAGCUGGACAACGACGGUGCCGGGCCAAGCGGCUCGCCGGCCAGGCGCGGCCUGCUGCGCCGACACAGAGAUGGUGUUAGUCCCGCCGAAGCAGCGGCUGCAAGUCUGCCGGCCAGUCCUGCGGCCUCGUCCCUUGUCAAGAAGAAGGCGGGAGGAGCCAAUGAGGUGCGAGAGAGAGCCGCCGCGGUGCGCACGCGCAGGCUCAUGAAAGAGCUCAAAGAAAUACAGCGGAUACAGAACAGCCGGACUGAUCCUGUAUUCACGGUGGAACUGGUGAACGACAACCUGUUCGAGUGGCACGUGCGCCUGCACCAGAUCGACCCCGAGAGCGAGCUGGCAAACGACCUCCGCGAGCUGCACGUUCCCCACAUACUACUGCAUCUGGUUUUCCCAGAGAACUUCCCAUUCGCGCCGCCUUUCAUGCGGGUCAUUGAACCGCGGAUAGAGAAGGGUUUUGUUAUGGAAGGAGGUGCAAUCUGUAUGGAACUGUUGACCCCGCGAGGCUGGGCCUCCGCAUACACAGUAGAGGCGGUGGUGAUGCAGUUCGCGGCGUCCGUGGUGAAGGGCCAGGGCCGCGUGGCGCGGGCGCCGCCGCGGCCCUCCUGCGAGUUCUCGCGCCGCCGCGCCGAAGAGGCAUUCCGCUCCGUCGUCAAAACACACGACAAGUAUGGUUGGGUCACGCCAGCGCUCUCCGAUGGUUGAGCUACCAAGACGUGCUGAUCUACUGUAACGCUGAAAGGAUCUCCUUUAGUUAUUCUUCAAGAACAAUUUUUAGUCGUAACUAGUGCAAAUUUUGAUAAUGCUCUGCUCUGUGUAAUUAGUUUAUAUCAACUUGUCUAAGAUCAGUGGAGUGUUUUUGGAGAGUCGAAAAAAUAGAAAUUAUGUUAAAUGUUUAAGUCUAGGGUGAAAUGGGGGCGAUGCAAUUAAAUCUACUAAAAGUUUAUUAUACUAACGCAACGUUUUUAAGUAAGUGCAUGUUUAAACUGUGAAUACACAUUAUUACGCAAAUCAACGGUUUUCUCGAAGUGUGCUGAUUUGGAAACUGCGACAAACAAGGCCAAGUCUACGAAGGUUCGUUCGUGUGCGGACUUGGCUAGCGUCGGCAGUGGAUUCAAUGAACGAGAGGCUUUCGUGGUCUGUGUAUAGCAAAUGUGGUGUUUCAUGCAUUCUCCGUCUAUCAUUGUGUAUAACUUAUUAUGUUGUGCCAAACUCGAAUGCUCAUCGCCUACUUAGUGACGCUCAAUUUUUCGAAGUCCCCAUUAAAAUUUUUAACUAUUCAAUUCCAUAAGUGCUCGUUAAAAAAUCUUGAAUAUAAAAUUUGAAAAUACUAAAUAUAUCGUCAUAUAUUUUGCAGUAAAAAUAUUGAUGUUUUAAAGGAAAUGUUUCCGUCCCAAAGUCAUUUAAUCAUUUUGAUAAUAUUAUAGAUUCGUAGUUUUUAAAAUCCACCAAAAUGAUUCUAAAGUAGUUUGUCAUUUCAAGUUUGAUCUAUUCUUUUAUUCGUAUCUAUACAAUACCUGAAAUAAAUAAGUGUAAAAUGUAUCAUACCUUCUGAGACAGUCUAGGCUCUGCAUGCUUCGUGUAAAGUCUGUAGUAUCAACACUGCAGCAUAUCUCAUGAGUAGUGAGAUGCUCAAAUUAGUUGAUAAUUUUAAAUUGUGAAAGAAAGGCUUGUGGUAAAACUAAUAUAAAUUAGGAAAAAAAAUAGUAAAUCGAUGUUGUUAAUUUGUGUGGUGAACCAAAGAUGUUUUAUUUUUAUGUAAACUUGAUUCAGCGCAAAUAUGUGUAAAUUAUACUUUGAUUAUAUGUACAAUGUUAUAGGUGUAAUAAUAAAUACCUGCUCAAAUGA